ACCUUGGAAACAGCUCAUAGCUUCUUCGGAGGAUGUUGAAUUUUCCCUCAUCCAGUGGCACGUACACUUGCUGCUUUGUCUUGGGUUUCAGUUACCCAGUUCCAGAGAAACAGCAUCGGCCGAGCCAGGGCUCCAAGUUGUGGAAGUGUUUAUAUCCGGGAACCUGGCUCCAUUCCAGGGCAGAAUAAUUUAUCCACAAAUGAAGCACCAGCCACUUCCCACUCGUCCGCUGAUUGCAUUAAAAUCACUCCCCUUCCCACCCAACCCACUGAGCUUGGUGGAGCUGAGAGAUACUCCCUUUCCUCCUCCCCCUCGUCUUGUUGAAUCUCUGGUUUCUGUAGUCUAUUAGUCUGCUUAUUAAUAGUCAUAAAAUCUUCAUUCCUUCAGCAUCUCAUGCUACAAACUAGAUGCCGCCAAGUUAUGCUGCCGUUAUGAACGUCGUGCAGUAGCAGGGAAAUGAGCUGGAAAACUGAUUUUGCGUCUGUAGCAUCAGAAAAGUUCAGAAGGACUGGGCUAGUUUUCGAAACCACAGCAUAUUUUGGCCAAGAGGGAAUGCACAACACAACGGAUGGGGUGGCUGGACGAGAGCAGCUCUUGGCUCAGCAGAGAAUGCACAGUAUGAUCAGCUCAGUGGAUGUGAAGUCCGAGGUUCCUGUGGGGCUGGAGCCCAUCUCGCCCUUGGACCUGAGGACGGACCUCAGGAUGAUGAUGCCCGCCGUGGACCCCGUGGUCCGGGAGAAGCAGCUGCAGCAGGAGCUACUUCUCAUCCAGCAGCAGCAGCAGAUCCAGAAGCAGCUCCUGAUCGCCGAGUUUCAGAAACAGCACGAGAAUCUGACGCGGCAGCACCAGGCUCAGCUUCAGGAGCACAUCAAGUUGCAACAGGAACUUCUAGCCAUAAAACAGCAGCAAGAACUCCUAGAAAAAGAGCAGAAACUGGAGCAGCAGAGGCAAGAACAGGAAGUAGAGAGGCACCGCAGAGAACUGCAGCUUCCUCCUCUCAGAGGCAAAGACAGAGGACGAGAAAGGGCAGUGGCAAGCACAGAAGUAAAACAGAAGCUUCAAGAAUUCCUGUUGAGUAAAUCAGCAACAAAAGACACUCCAGCUAAUGGCAAAAAUCAUUCCGUGAGCCGCCAUCCCAAGCUGUGGUACACGGCUGCCCACCACACGUCAUUGGAUCAAAGCUCUCCACCCCUUAGCGGGACGUCGCCAUCCUACAAAUACACAUUACCAGGGGCACAGGAUACCAAGGAUGAUUUCCCCCUUCGAAAAACUGCCUCUGAGCCCAACUUGAAGGUGCGGUCCAGGUUAAAACAGAAAGUGGCAGAGAGGAGAAGCAGCCCCUUACUCAGGCGGAAGGAUGGAAAUGUUGUCACUUCAUUCAAGAAGCGAAUGUUUGAGGUGACAGAAUCUUCCGUCAGUAGCAGUUCUCCAGGAUCUGGUCCCAGUUCACCAAACAAUGGGCCGACUGGAAAUGUGACUGAAAACGAGACGUCAGUUCUGCCACCGACUCCUCAUGCUGAGCAAAUGGUUUCACAGCAACGCAUUCUAAUUCACGAAGAUUCCAUGAACCUGCUAAGUCUUUAUACCUCUCCUUCUUUGCCUAACAUUACCCUGGGACUCCCGGCAGUGUCGUCCCAGCUCAACGCUUCAAAUUCACUCAAAGAGAAGCAGAAGUGCGAGACGCAGACACUGAGGCCGGGUGUGGCGCUGCCCGGGCAGUAUGGGGCCAGCAUGGCAGCUUCUUCCAGCCAUCCUCACGCGGCCGCGUUGGAAGGAAAACCAAACAGCAGCCACCAAGCUCUCCUGCAGCAUUUGUUACUGAAAGAACAAAUGCGACAGCAAAAGCUUCUCGUGACUGGUGGCGUUGCCUUACACCCUCAGUCUCCCUUGGCAACAAAAGAGAGAAUUUCACCUGGCAUCAGAGGUUCCCACAAACUGCCCCGGCACAGACCGCUGAAUCGAACCCAGUCGGCGCCUUUGCCACAGAGCACGCUGGCCCAGCUGGUCAUUCAGCAACAGCACCAGCAGUUCCUGGAGAAGCAGAAGCAGUACCAGCAGCAGAUCCACAUGAACAAACUGCUCUCGAAAUCUAUUGAGCAACUGAAGGCACCAGGCAGUCACCUGGAGGAAGCAGAGGAAGAACUUCAGGGGGACCAGGCGAUGCAGGAAGACAGAGCGCCCUCUAGUGGCAGCAGCACUAGGAGCGACAGCAGUGCCUGUGUGGAUGACACACUGGGACAAGUUGGGGCUGUGAAGAUAAAGGAGGAACCAGUGGACAGCGAUGAAGAUGCUCAGAUCCAGGAAAUGGAAUCUGGGGAGCAGGCUGCUUUUAUGCAACAGCCCUUCCUGGAGCCCCAGCACACACGUGCGCGCUCGAUGCGCCAAGCUCAGCUGGCUGUGGUUGGCACGGAUGGAUUAGACAAACAUCGUCUUGUCUCCAGGGCACAUUCCUCCCCUGCUGCCUCCGUUCUACCUCACCCAGCCAUGGACCGGCCCCUCCAGCCUGGCCCUGCAACUGGAAUUGCCUAUGACCCCCUGAUGCUGAAACACCAGUGCAUUUGUGGCAAUGCCACCACCCACCCUGAGCACGCUGGGCGAAUCCAGAGCAUCUGGUCACGGCUGCAAGAAACUGGGCUGCUAAAUAAAUGUGAGCGCAUCCAAGGCCGGAAAGCCAGCCUGGAGGAAAUACAGCUUGUGCAUUCGGAACACCAUUCACUGUUAUAUGGCACCAACCCCCUGGAUGGACAGAAGCUGGACCCCAGGAUCCUGCUAGGUGACGACUCUCAAAAGUUUUUUUCCUCACUGCCUUGCGGUGGACUUGGUUGUCUCUGCCAUGGCUCGCUUCUGAUCGCGUGUGAUUGCACUACCAGAAAAUGUUCCAGUUGGAAAAAGAGCCUUUUACCAACUCCCAGGCCUUGAUCAGUGUGUGUACAGAAGUGGAUAAUUCAGGAACUGUGGAAAACACAGCCAGUGCAAGGCCACCUUUGUCCUCACUCCUCAGGGCACAUCCCUGAUCAUUUUCCUGGCCAUCUGACCUGCUGCUGUGUGAGGAAAUCUUGAAGUCAUUUCUCAGCCUUCUUUUCCCCCUCUUCACUUGAUAGGCAGAAAAAAAAAAAACCCACAAAAGCAAGGACGAGCAGGCUUUUAUGAUAAUGUCGUCAUCAGCUCCCAGCUUCAAACACUUCUGCGGCUUUUGAGUUGUCAUUUAUCACUUGGAACUUGCAUCCACCCAGAAUUCCCCCGAUACACUUAGAGAAAUUGAUAACAGACCCCGCGCUUCUUUUAUGGCUUGGAGGAGGCAACAGCAAUCACAUCACUAUUGGCAGGCGAUAUUAUUUUUUGACAUGGUUGUAAAAGUAUAAAGGGGCUUAUGGCAUUUGUUUAGAUGAGGAAUGGGCUCUCAAGCUGUGCUGGGGUUUACAGGACCAGAUUAGUGAGAAGCAGAGGGAAUAUGAUGUUUGCAAACAGGAUAUGAUUUUAUAUAAGUUUGGGUUUCAUGCCCUGUGCUCUGGGGAAAUCCCUGCAGACAGCAGAGAAUUCCACUUUUAUCCUGCAACAGACCAGCUCCCAGUGCCAAUAGUUAGAAAAAUCAAGGCGAGGAGUGGGCGGUGGGCAGUGGGAGGUGCAGGACUGGAGGCCCAGGGGCCGCGGAUGGUAGAGCGCUUGUCCUGGAGGGAUGAGGAAUUGGAGAGUUAGGGGCAAAUCCGGAGUCUGCAGAACCAGCCCAAGGUGUGCCAAGACUGAGGCGCUGUGACAUUUGGCCAAAGCCUCUUGUCCCAUGGGGACGCCGUGGCCUGUGGUCACGAAGCUGGCUUGUGAUGACCGACUUUUGCUUUGUCCCUAUUUUGUUGGAUUAUGCUUGGGUCUGACACACUUGCAGGGGUUAGGGGUGUCCUUUUGUGAUUUGAGGAGGGGGAAGGAGGAGGAUUAGGUCAUUGUGUGUGUGUGUGUGUGUGUGUGUAUGGGGAGGAGGUGGGUAAUUUGAGGCUCCUUUCAAUUGCUCUGAGGUUUUCCACAGACAUUUCACUUAAAUUCUCUUUCAUUCUGUCAGAAUUAAUACGUAAGUUCUUCACUCUGAUUAAAAAUAAAGUAUGUAUGUGUGUGUAUAUGCACACAAUAAAUGUUACACACAUGUGUAUACGCAUAAGAAAAUUCUGCCUGUUGUUUUGCACCACAUUUAUACUUCUGCAUUGUUUUUCUAUUGAUUAUACCAUGUUGGUCCACCUGAAAAAGUAAACAGAGUUCUAGAGGAAAGCUUUGCAAAGAGCUUUGGUUUGUCCUAUUAUUUGUGAUCUCAAAGAAUGACUUCACUUUAUAACCCAAGCACAUACAAAGAGUUAAAUUCAAAGAAACAGGAAGGUUUGGCCAAUAAUACAUUUUACUACUGUUAUUUAGGAUAUUCCUUUGUGAAAGAAAGCCAACAGUUUAUUUUGAUAUUUGAAGUUUGCUUAUUUGAGAGGUUAAAAGACAGAGCAAGGGGCCGGUGCUGUGGAGUAGCUGGCAAAGCUGCUGCCUGCAGUGCUGGCAUCCCAUAUGGGCGCCAGUUUGAGUCCCAGCUGCUCCACUUCUGAUCCAGCUCUCUGCUAUGGCCUGGGAAAGCAGUAGAAGAUGGCCCAAGUCCUUCAGCCCCUGUACCCGCAUAGGAGAUCCAGGAGAAGAUCCUGGCUCCUGCCUUCAGAUUGGUGCAGCUCCAACCAUUGUGGCCAGCUGGGGAGUGAACCAGGAAAUGUAAGACCUCUCUCUCUCUCCUCUCUGUGUGUGUAACUCUGACUUUCAAAUAAAUAAAUAAAUCUUUAGAAAAAAAGAGAGAGAACAAGAGAAAUCCUUUCUGGUUCACUCCCCGAAUACUGGCAAUAUCAGUGGUCCAAAUCUGGAAGCUCAGAACUCAAUCUAGGUCUUUUAUGUGGAUGUCAGGGACCCAGUUUCUUGAACCAGGCUACCUUCUAGGUCCGCAUUAGCAGGAAGCUGGAGUCAGGAGGGAGCUGUGGAUUAAAACCAGCCACUUCGCAAAGCAGUAUUUUAGAAGGUAUAGUACUAGAGCAGAAAAAGAUGUGCUGCCAAUGAGGAAGCAAGGAGUAGGAAUGCAUGAGCGACCAGAGGAGACCACUGUUUCCGGUUUCCCAGGGCAUUUCCAUUGUCCUGAGCUGGAUGGACUCUGUGCUAAGGCAGCCCAGAGGAGGGUGCUUCCAAAGAAGAGGGAUGUUGACUUACUCAGUACUAUGCUGAAUCCUCAGGAAGAGUUAAGAAUGGAUGUGCUUGUGUGAGUUGCAUUUUGUGGGCGGGAGUGGGUGCUGUGAGUGGAGGGUCAGGGGAGUAAGCCAGGCAUUAACUGUUUAGGCCAUAAUGACACACCGUGUUUUUGACAAUUGCACCAAGCUGUUGCCAAUUAGUAGAGAAUUUGUCUCAAAAAAAAAAAAAAAGAAAUAUCUGAAUGUUUAUGCCAAAAUUUUGCAUGUUCUUGAGGUUAUGACAUUGACUCAGGAACUUCUUUUAUCCUAAGUGUAUUUCAUCCUGUGUUAUUCCCACCCAAUUAUCUGAGCAGGCAUGAUGCCUAUUGUGACAUCAGCAGAAGGAGGAGGGGUGGCAUCUGUUUCUCACAUGCAGUAAUCAGGAUAACGCUGAUUUCCUUGUAUUAAUGUUCAGCUGAGACCUGGCUUGCAAUCAAUCAGUGCUUCAUUUCCUCUCCUCCACUAUCACGGAGGCAUCACAGCCCUCUUCCCUCCAGCGCAACAAGAGGAUCCACCCUGAUUGGGCAUCUCUUCUUCCCCAUCUCCCCUUCCUAAUUGUAUUUGGAUUUUCAUUAGUUUUCAACUUGAUGCAAAUGAUACCAGCAGGAAUCCCCCACGGCACCUGGAAUAAGUAAAACUGAUAAGCUGCCUUAAUGAAAUUGUUUGAGAGUUUCGUUUCAUGUUGUGAAUUCCACAGAAAGAUCAUAUUGCCCCAGACUUGGAAAAUACAGUCCAUGAUAUUAUUCAAGCCAGGGCAUGCCUUCUAAAUAACAAAGGCAGUUCCAGUACUGCAUAGAUUAUGCUAAUUGUGUAUACUCCAUAAUAGACUCAGGGAAGCAGACAACACUCCCUAUAGAGAUAAACAUAUACACAUUACUCUAUGUUUACCACACAAUGUGAACCUUUAUAGAAUCAUUGGGCAUCUGAUGUCCACUGUAGGGAAGAGGGAAAUUAGAAAUGAAAACCUUAACUUCCUCCUUAAUUCACUUAGUUGUAGCAUCCCAUCUACAAUUAAAUUCUUUCAAUUGCUUUGACAUUAUGGCUAAACACAACAGGAUGCAUUUUGAAAUAAGAAUACUCCACUUUUUUUAUUCAAAGUAAACAUGACUAUCACAAAACUAUUAAAAUUCUUCUGUUGUCAAAAUGAGAAGGCUAAAAAUUACCACCAUCAAAGCUUUACACACAUGUUUUUGACAUUCCAGGGACCCCCAUAACUGUUAUCUGCAGACACACACACAUGCACACGCAACUUCACAAAAUCAGUGGAAAACUGAAAUGAAAAGGUGGAAGAAGAGGAGGAUGGGCAUCUGGCCUCCCAGCUAAGAUACCCACUAAGAUGUCCACGUCCCACAUCAGAGUGUCUGGAUUAAUAUAUAUGGUCAGGUUCUUGAUUCCAGACUUCUGGCAAUGCAGACCUUGGAAAGCAGCAGUGAUGCCUCAAGCAUUUGGGUUCCAGCCACCUACAUGGGAGACCUGGACUGAGUUCCCAGCUGCUGGUUUUGGUUCUGGCUCAGCCCCAGCCAUUGUGGGUCUUUGCAAAGUGAACAAGCAGUCCAGAACACUCUGUCUCUCCUCUCUCUCUCUCUCUCUCUCUCUUUCUUUCUUUCUCUUUCUCUCUCCUCUCUCUCUAUGUCUCUUUCCCCUCUCCCAAAGAAAAUGAGGAUAAAAGUUAAAAAAAAAUAGAGUUUAUUUUUCAGAAUACGUUCCAUCAGGUUCAAGACACUUUCCAAGUAGUGAUACCAGCCAUUUUGCCCAUUCCCAAAGAACUGAGGUCCCUGAAAAGUUAAUCAUGUCAACGCAGUCCUUUUUUACAAUGUUAACUGAAGAAUGGGUGUCCUUUAAAUAUUUUUUAAGAUUUGAAAACAAAACGAAGUCAAAAGGCACCAAGUCAAGAUGGUAAGGUGCACUGUCAUGGUGGAGAAGGACUCUGGUCGCAGCAUUGACUGACCUUCUCAAAAAUGCUCUCACACUCAGCAGAUGUUAUCACUCUUUGGACUUCCAGGUCAAUGAGCAAAAUGUCUUCAGCAUCCCAAGAAAGCCAUGACGUUUGCUCUUGACCAGUUUGUUUUUGCUUUUUCUGGGCUGCUCCAUCUCUUGGUAGCCAUUGCUUUGCUUGUGCUUUGUCUUUAGCAUUCUACUGGUGAAGCUGUGUUUCACUUCCUGUUACAAUCCUAAGAAAAAAAAAUGCUUCAGGAUCUCCAUCCCUCUUGUUGAAAAUUCCCAGCGCAGGCUCUGCUUGUCUUGCAGUUGAUCUCCCAUCCAGUGCAGCAUUUGUUGUACUUAAUAUUUCAAUCAGAACUGUGUGAGCUGAAUUAGUCUAUGGUGUUGGCUAUCACUUCUGUUGUUAGGAUAUGAACAAGAUGGAUUAUUUUCCUUGCAAAUUAAUGUGGAUGGCCCUUCAAGGCUUCAUAUUCAACAUUAUCCUGCCGCUGUUAAAUGAGCUAUCUGCUUAUAAACUGCUGAUUUCUUUGGUGCAUUGUCCCCAUUAAGGCAUCAGUGAUUUCACCAUUCUUCCACCCAAGCUUCACCAUAAAUUUCAAGUUUGUUGCUUCAAUUUUAGCAGAAUUAGAAUUGCUCUGAUAGGGGUUCUUUUCAAACUGUUGUCUUUGCUCAGUGCCCCAAACUAGAUCUUUUCCAGGUAUGUUAUUACAAGGUAGUUCUAGAUUAUUUUGGUGCAACAAAUUUUGAAAUCCAUGCAUAGUUUUUGCAUAAUCCCUAUUUACUAUCCAUAGACUCUUUGAAGAUGCUUCCUAUAUGUACAUUAGCUAUGUAUACAUAGGUGCAGCUUUGUCAACCAAAGUAAUGAGGAAAGUGGGGAAAGAAAACACAUUCAUUUCUGGAAUUUUUUUCUUUAUACUUUUUCUCUAUUUUGUAAUAAUUUUCUGUACUUGCCUCUGUGCCUUGAUUAUAAAAAUUAGGAUAAUAAGAAACCCGAAUCUUAGACUCUGCGGCUGCUGAAGAUUAAUGAGUUUGGUGAACCUUAAGCUUCUAUCUAACUUAGAAGAUCAAUGGUUCUAUGAAAUGAAAAUUGAGAAAGUAAAACAAAUCAAAAUACAUUUUAAUAUACAGUCUUCUACUGAUUGUCAGCCACUAUUGACUGUUAAAAAAACAUAAGGCUUUAGGUCAAAUAAAAAGUUAGAGUAGACAAAGAAAAUAAGAUUACCUAGAAGAAAGUCAUUUCGUGACUGCUUGAAAUGAAGGUAAAUCUAAGCUCACCUCAGAUUCUUGAUGUGAAAAGCAUGGACUUGUGUUUUUCCUUUGUCAUAUUCUUACCUGAAUAUUUUCAGAUCCAAAUAUCCAUCCCUGUUGUAAAAUAAUAGCCAAUAUAUAACACUGACAUGGCAUCAUUAGAUUGUCUUUGAUCAAAAGUUUAGUAAAGCAUAACUUUGAAAUUUUUGUGACUAUAAAAUGACACAUUAAUUUUCUUUUGAAAUUUGAAACUAAAAUAAAUUAAUAUACUGACUGAGCUAUAUGCAGGCAGUUCACAGCAGAGUCCCUAGGAUUUAGUUAUUUCAAACCUCAAGACAGACCCAAAGCUCUGACUCCUACAUCAGAACCUCAUCAUUACUUUACAGUGUCAUGUUUCAACAUAAAAUAACUUGUAAAUUAAGAGAAUUAACUACUAAGUAAUGAUUUACUUAUCAACAAAUCAUUGUUUUUAUGAAGACAAACAAGACUAUUAACAACUAAUAUACUUCAGAAACUUAAUAUGAAAGUGCUUUGGUUAAUUUAUUCUAUUAUAUUCUAAAUAAUGUGAAUUAUAUGGUCUCUAAUUGGUAUUUACAUUGGAUAAUUUAUAAGUAGAUAGUCACAUUACCAUCUGCAAAGGCUUCUCAAAAUGUUCCUGGAUGAUUUUGAUAUGUGAGCCCCCAAACAAUAAAAAAAACAAAUGCCUACAACUAGUGAAAUUCUGCUUCUGCUAACUACUUCCUCCCCCGGUCCCCUUAGUUAAGUAAUGGCUGUUUUAGACAAUUUUCCAUCUCUCUGUUCUUUAUUAAAUAGACACAUAUUGAGAGCCCCCUAUGUGUGAAGGAUGGAGCAACAUAGAGACUUGUGUUUUUUCUUUCUUUCUUUUUUUUUUUUUUUUUAAAUCUCCACUUAUCUCUCCCAUUGUACUUAACACUUAGUGUCAAUGUUGGUCUUCUAUUCCUGUUCAGUGAGUCUGGUGGGAGAGAUAUGGCAGUUCAUGGAGAGGUGGGAAGAAGGUAAUAAGAAUAUUUAAAUGAAAUUCAAAGUCAUUAUUUAAAAAAACAUAUUUCUACAGGAUAAUCUUCUUAUCUCAUCUUCCUUUGGUGGUAGCCUCAAAUUCACAUCCUCAGAGCUAUGAAGUGCAGUAUCCAGCAUUAGUUCAUGACUAAUAGCAAGUAUGAAAGAGGUCAAAAGCUCAGUAGUAGUAAUUGCUGCAUACUGGUCUCUGUGCUUUUGGACAUACAGUAAUCACAACUGCUAGUGGCUACCACAGACUCAGCAGAAUCCAUUCACUAGAUUGUUUUUCAUAUAUAUAUAUAUAUAUUUUCAUGUAUAUAUACAUAUAUAUAUAUAUACACAUAUAUGCCAAAUAUUUAUUGAGUGUUGUUAUGUCAGGUAUAGGUAACACUAAAAAAAAAAACAGGAAAAAAAACCCUACCUGUAUGGAACUUACAUUCUAGUAGGGGAGACAGAUGAGUAAGAAUGCAUGUCAACAUGCAUGUGUGUGAUGAUGUGAGAUGAUGACUACCAUGAGAAAUGAAAGCAAGGAAGGGGAUGCUGAAUCUUCAGGGUUAAGGCCAGGAACUGGUGAUGUAUGGAAAGUGUGGCCUUUUAGAAAUUAGAAUGGAUGAGUGAGGGCUGCAAUGGGAGUCUGGCUUCUUAUGUUGAUUGACUUAAGAGGAGUUCAGAGAAUAAAGUGAUCAUUGCCAAGGGUCUCAUGCAGAGUGGUGGGAAGCAGUGGAAGUUCAACAAGUGCAGAGGGGCUCAGGAAGAAUGCUCAGAGAUCUGGAGCUCUGUCUUUACUCUCACCUGUGCACAGCGAUGGGGUUGUUCUGUGCAGAACACACAGAGCACCUGGCUUCCCUUUUGACUUGUGGAUUGAGCUGUGGUGAUGGGGGUGAGGGGACAAGUUGGAUUUCCAGGCACAGCUUGCGAUGCUGAGGCUUCUCUGGAUAUCUGGCCAUGGAGGAGAUUGGGGGUCAAGCAAAUUUACCUGGGUGCUAACUGAUCUGGGUCUCAACAGCAGGUCCUGGGACGUGAGAUUAUCUGUCUGAAUGGCUCUAGAUCUUAUUGCACUAUGAGCUGAGAGUUGCCCAGUCCCUGGGAAUGUUAUUUGUACAUACUUUCCUAUUUAAAUGGUGCCACCUCAAAUUAGAUGCAGUACUCUAACACCUGCCAAUUUUUAAGUCUAAUGAAAAUGUCCUGACAUUUGUGUGACAUUUUCCAAUGCCCUUUCAUGUGCAUUGCAGUGGCUUCUUGGAUGACAUUGUUGCACUGUGGCAUUAGUUGUCUCUGGCUGUUCCUUCCAGAUUUAUAUCUGAACUGCAAGAUCCAGAGUAACUGAUUUGUUGAUCCCGUAAGGCUAGUGCCUGGGCCAGAGGUUGAUGACUUCUCAAUGUCUGUAUGCCCAGUUCUGGGUCACAUGUGUACAGUACAGAAAUCCAAACUUUGGAGUCUGAAUUCCAGGGAUUCCUUUGACUAAUAACCAUUUGUUUUGAUCCUCAGUAAAUAUUAAAUGGGAUGAAUUGGUAAAAAAAUAAAAAGGUGGGGGAGGUCUACAUUCUAUAGAACUAUGCUCUCACAAUCUAAAUAAAAUGAUAAUCCUUGACUUUGAACCUCAUAGAACCCCAGGAUUGACUUAAUGGUUGGAUUGCCCAUCAGGAUAGGCUGGGCCAUGGAGAAUCCUUAAAAAAAUACUCAAUUUAUUCUCACAGAAUGGGGCUGAUUCACAGCCUCACAGCAAAGUAGCCCUUCUCUACACAAAGCUUCCAAUCACUGCCCACCUCAAUUUUUUAAAUCCUCACAGUGACCCCAGGGGUCUUACUACUAAAGAAGUAAUUGAGAUUUCCUAUUUUUCAGAAAGGGAAACUGAGCUCAGAGAGGUGAGUAGCUUGCUCAGUCGCACCAUUAAGAGUAGGUGGUAGGGGAGAGAUGGCCUGAUUCCCGUUCUCUUAACCACAAAACCAUGCACACACAACUCACUGUAAUUCCAACCUCAUAUGAUUGUCAACACUCCUUUCCCAAAUGAGAAUAGUCCUCAUCGUAGGAAAGCACACAUAUGUCUCUUGCCAAAAACAUUCUCUUUUUCAUUGAAAUUCUUAUGAAGUAUUAAGUCCAUGCACUCAAAUAUCAUCAAUUUUGGGUAAAAAAAAUCACACAGCUGUACAGAGCAUCUCAGCUUUAACUGGAACACUGCAAAUGUCUCUGCCCUUGGAUGAAGCCACUGAGGGAUGAGUUAGAGGAAUCUUCUGUCUCACACCUACUGAGUUCCAGUUAAUUUUGUUAAACUGUCCCUCAACUGAAUGAACAGCUUAGCAUAUUAUGAAGUCCCCUUAACAUGAAGUGUAUAUCAAAUUAAAUGAAGAAGCAAUAGGAACAUAUGAAAAUGGUGUUUCUUCACUCUGUCUCUAACUUGAUCUUAGUAGGUCUGACAAACAGUUCACUGAAACUUCAUAGCAACAACAGUCUCAAACUCCUUGACUGGUCAUGUAAUGUACAAGAAUCCACAUAGUACUUGGCAAACCUGUGAGUCCCCUAGUAUCUUACAUGUGGCUCCUUAGAGUCUUAGGAUGUAGUGCUUUUGCCAGAACAAACAUAUUUCUCUACUUAUUCUUGUUACUGGUAAGUAAAUAGCAAAUGGGGUAUUUUUCUGUAGAUGAAGAGUGACUAGAAAUUGCACACACAAGGUCAAUGGAGCUGCCAGAAAGCAGUCAAUCAUGCUUGGAGAUGGUUUGUGGUAGAGCAAUAAAGCACACGGCAUGCCCCUGGUCUUUCCAGCUGCUGCACUAAUAGUUCACGCCUUCUUUCCAUAUGGAAUAUCAGUCACAGUAUUCAUUCAUCAUAUCCAUGGCCUUGCUUCGAAUCUGAAGGUUUUCCCUGUAGCUGUUCUGUUUCAUCUCACCAUGACUAAAGAAGCUAAGGUGUGUGCAUUAUAAUGUACAAGUGAUCCCAGGGGAAUGUGCUGUCAUUCAUGUCUUCCUCCUAGUGUUGAACAAAAGAGAGAAAGCAUGUGAGUUCACCCACCCAUUGUCAUCAUAAAUCCAUCCCAGCUCCAUUUCAAGGGUCUCAGUAUUUCAGCAGAACAUCUAACGUGAAAUGAAUAAAUACAUUCAAGGAGCUGGCAUGUUGUAUCACAUAGGGAAAGAGAGAACAGCAUUGUUACAGGCUGCAGAUCUGAAUGAAGAAUACACUAGAGAACGUCAGAGGUGCUUAGCCCAGAAUUAUGACUCACAGUAUUACCAUUCAGGAAGAAAACCAUAAAUAUCAUUCUGCAUUAUAGAGGGCUCUCAAGAAUUUCUGAGGUGUUGAUUCUGAAGCAGAUGUGUCCUUCAACCUAGUGCCAGCCUGAGAAACAGCAAUGAACAGGCUCUCUUAAUUAUUACUUAACUUCUCAUGGCCUCAGUUUCUUAAUCCAUGACUAGAGC